AUGGACCCUGGGACCUUCACCGGCCGCGUGACGCGCAGCCGCGCACGCGGGCUCACGCCUGCAACCGCCCCUGCUGGUAGGAAGAAGAGGGGCACGUCCGAUGGCACCACCCCUUUCAAGCAGGAUGUCGGCGACGCCGACACCACCUCGCCCCGCGGCCAGCAGGUUACGCCGGCGUGCAAGCCUGCUGCCGCGGCAGCCGCCGACACAGCGGGCCCAGUCGACCAGCUGCAGGCCUUCCAGCACCCUGCAGCAACGCCAGAGAGCGUCGCCGCAGCGACGGAUCCGGCGGCACCAGAGCAAGAGGCGGAUGUGCCGUGCACUGAGCAUGCGGCAGCGGGCGAGGAGGGGGGCGUGCAGGAGCAGGAUGAGACCAUGCAGGAGGAGGAACAGCACAUGCAGCAGCAGCAUGAGCAGGAGGAUGAGGCGGAGGAGGCGCAUGAGGAGGAAGGGGCUGUGGCGCAGGAAGAGGCGGAGGUGCAUGAGAGCAGCGCGUCGGCCCCGGCCGCCGUGACCAAGCCGACGCCCGCGCGGCUGCUGUCCGGCGCGUUCCCCGCCGCCUCCGCAGCCACCCCCGCGGCGCCGCCGACGGCGAGCACCAUCCCAGGCCUCACGCCCAUCGAGCCCGGCACGCUGCCCUGCGCGUCGCCCCCUGACGCCGGCGCGACGGCGGCCUCAGAUGACCUGCGCCCCACAAACCUGGCUGCCAUGCUCGGCUGGACCCCUGCCGCGGACGCCGCCGGCGCGACGCCCGGCAGCGGCGCAGCCGCAGCUUCGUUCAGCCCAGGGGCCGACGACCUGAUUGCCCAGAUCCUGGCCAACCCCGACGCCGGCACGCCGCCGCCCCAGGCCGCCCCCGACGCGACCCCUGUGCUGGGGCUCGUCACUGACCCGGACGCCUCGCGGCAGCUGCGCGGCACGGCGGCGGCAGUCGCCCCGGCACCGGCGCCGGUGGCGGCCGCGGCGACGUUUGCGGACCGCAUGGGGGCGGCCGGCUUCGGGUCCCCUCAGGAGGUAGCGGCGCCGCCGCCCGCGCCCGCGCAGCUGCCGCUUGCCGACGAGGCGCCGUCGGCGCCGCCGCUGCCCGAGGGCGUGGCCGCGGCGUCAGCGGCCCCUGCGCAGCAGGCUGUGGCGGCCGCGGCCGGGGCCGGCGGCCAAGCGGUCGACACAGAAGCCAGCCCAGAGCUGCUAGUGGUCCUGCGCACGCCCGCGCAGCCCCACCACGGCCCCGCGCCCCGCGCGCGCGCCCCGGCCGCCGUCGCCCCGACGGCCGCGGCCGCUGGCGUGCGCGGCUCGCGUCUGGCGGUGUCGACGAGCGCGGCAGCGGCCGGCGUGCCGCGGACGGCGGCGGCCGCCACAACCAGCGUCACGCGCAGGGCGCCCGCGGGCAACGCGGCCACAGCCAAGGCACCCCGCGCGGCGCCCGCCCCCGAGCUGGCUGCGGCGGUGCUGUCGGCCAGCCCCGGCCACACGCCCUUUGUCAAGGACGCGCGCACGACGUCCGCCCACCGCGCCGCUGCCUCCAAGGCCGCCACCGCCAUGGCCGCCAUCAACGCCGCCGCCGCACCCGCGCCCGCGCCCACCGGCGGCCGCGCCGGCGGCGGGUCGCCCCCCGAGCAGCAGCCCGCGCCCGCGCCGGCGCCGGCGCCCGAGAGGAAGCGCUCCUCCGGCUCCAGCGGCGCCGUCCACGUCCCCUCGCGCCUUUUCGCGCCGACCGCGUCGUCCCUCGCCCGCGCCGCGGCCGCAGCCGCCAGCGCGGGCCACACACCGGGCGCGGCCGCGCUGCGGCCGCGCAGCGUGGUGGUCGUGCCGGAGGCGCCGUCGGGGCCGAGCCUCAACGCGUUGAAGAAGACAGUGAGGGAGGCGCUCGACGCGCGGAGGCGGGAGAAGGAGGAGAGGAUUGCAAUCGCGGCCGGCGGCAGGGCCAACGCCGGGGCGGCGGAAGUCGGCGAGGCACGCCGCAGGGCCGCGGCCGAGGAGGACGGCGACGAGAACAACCCCAUUGAGGAGCAGCGCACGGCGGCCGAGGAGCGCCGCGCGCGGCGCGAGGCCAAGGCGGCGGGCGCGCUCAAGGCGCCGGCGGCCGCGCGGCCGGAGUGGAACGCGCGGCGCAACCCAGCGGCGAGCAAGGCCGCGGAUGACCUGGCGGGCGCGCUCGGCGCCAUGAACAUCCGCAAGGGCCCCAAGCCCGCCUCCGACGCGCCCCUGCGCGGCGUGCCGCCGCCGCGCGGCACGCACACGCGGUUCGACGAGGAAGGCCAGGGGCAGGACAGCCCGCAGCGCACCAAGCUGCGCGGCGUGCCCGCGGCGCGCGGGGCGCGCAAGACGUUUGACGAGUGA